AUGAGCUCCAUCACCUCUUCAGCUGGUAAAGUUGAAAGUGUGACAGUCAGAAGAACAGAAUCCUCAGAUGCUGAAGAGAUCAAUAAUCUGAUCAGUCCGUCAACUGUUGCUGUGUUUGGAAGAGUCAAUGUUAUUCACCUUCUUGAGAAAGCAAAUUUAGCGGUGACCCUGAGCACAACACAGAAUAAAGUGCUUGCUCAUGCGGCUUUCUCCGACCACCCCAUGGAAGAGCUGGUUGAUCCAGCAUGCUGGGAGAAUGUACUUCAGAGUGACUUCAAACCGCUGAAUACUCUUUUCCUGCGUCUAUUUGUGGCUCAGCCUGGUUUCUCCAUAGGGGGCGCCAAAGAGAUAGUGAGAACAGUCUUCAAUACCAUAAUUGAGCUGGAAUACAUCUGCCUUAUGACUCCCUACAGAGGCACGCUUGAGCCAGCGCUGGAGAAGAUCUUUGAACCCAUGACGUCUGUUAAGGAGGAUGUUCAGUUUUCGGCCUACGUUUGUCAUCGACACAGCCACUGCCCUCGGCUUAAUGUUCGCAGAGCCAGAGUGGAAGAUCACGAUGACCUCAUGCACAUAUUUGGAGAUCAGAUCACGUCACUGGUGGAAUCCCAUGGGCCGUACUUCCUGUCUGAACUAAUCGAGACUCAAGAUGAGGAGAAUCAUGCAGCUGUUUGUGAAAGUGAAGGAACUACUGUUGGUUUCGUCAGUGUGAGUGGUCACAUUGACCUGAAGCUCCUCAAUAAGUGCUUUGAACUUGGAGUAUUUGAAGGACUGAGUAAAACAAAUCCAGCUGACCACACAGAAGAAACAGUGAAACCAGAGGAACCAAACCCCUCAGAGAAGGAGAACAAUGUCCCUGAUACUCAGGAAUCAGAUGAAGCCAAAGGAACUUUGGAAGGUGAAUUGGAGACAGAAGAAGAUAUGAGAUGUGAAGAGAUUUCCAGUGGGCCUGAUGGCAUAUGUCAGUCAGAGCAUAUUGAGUCAUGCAUCAAAGAAACAGUGGACUCCAGUAAAGACCCAGAACUGAAUGAUUCUCCUAAUGUGUUCUGCAUCCAGCUCUUCACCAUGGAAAAGAGGUUUGAAAUGAGAUCAGCAGACUUCUUAUCGUACCUGUUUAAACUUUUCCCGGAUCGUGAUUUCUGUGUGAUCUCUGUACCUAAACCGGCCCCAGAAUUCCCACUGCUGCAGUCUUUUAUUAGAGUCAUUCCUCGUGACACCAGCACUUUUCCACAGGAGCUCUACUUGUGCCACCGCUGGGCACUGCUCAGGAUGUUUGAUGUGCGUGUGGUUGUGUCGUCCGAUAUCCCAGCAGUCCAGAGUUUGAUUGAGAGUCUCGGUCAGCAGGAAUCCAUCAGAGAUGAUCUGGAUCUGUUCCUGCAGAAACGGAAAGACUUGGAUGGCACUGCUCUUCAGGCAUUUGUGGCUCAGGUUCAGGGGCAAAUUGUUGGUUUAAUAAUCAUCAGAGAUGAAGAGGACAUCGAGUUCAUCCGAGCCCACUUUGAUGUUGAGAGAUUCAUGUACUUCAGCAUUCACCAGAGAGAGGAACACGGUCGACUCUGUCACUUCUUUCUCAAACCCAUAUUCCAGCACCACACUAAACAUUUCUUUAAGGAGGUGCUGCGAUUGGCACACAAGUCCUGCUUGAACUACCCCCUCUAUCUGCACCAUAACAGACAGAAGAAAGACAGUUCUCAGUCUCUGCCAGCUGUGAUGAACUUCAUGGUGCCCGUGAGCGCGAGACGACAAAUUAUCUACCCACUCGAAAAGCUGGGCAUCAACGCACCGUCCCGUCGGAUCACCAGAGAACAGGCUCCCUUUGCUCUGUACUACACAAACAUAAAGCUGACCAUGGAGCCAAAGGUCACCAUCAAUGCCAGAAUAGUGGUUGUAGGAGCAUCUGACACAGGUUUAGCUCUCCUUGAAGCACUGACUUUCUGUCCUCAUCUUGGAUUCAACAAUCUCACUCUCAUAUCCACUCAAGGCCUUUCAGAUUGCUACUCUGAUGACAACAUGAGAUUUCUGGCUACAAGUCAUUCCUACAGCGAUCAAGAUCAGUCUCGGCUGUCUUUGCGUUCCUGGAUCAGUGUUGUGACGGGCAAGAUGACGGCCAUCGACCGGGAGGUCAAACAGGUGGAACUGGCAGGAAAUCAUAAAGUGAAUUAUGACUAUCUGAUCCUCUGCACUGGACUGCAGUAUCAGAUUCCCAGUCUCACCAGUACUGAUGUCUAUAUCUCGACUACCAGCGGUCCGAACCCAAAUCAGCCCAGGCACAGAUACACUGGACCCAUUCCGGCCAGCCUCUUCACCCUCAACAACCAGUAUGACUGCGCAAAUGCCAAACACUGGCUCAUCAACAAUUUUGUGGAGUUGACAGGUGAUGCUGUGGUUUAUGGAAACACUAUAGAUGUCUACACCUGCGUGGAGACCCUCAUGUGUUUAGGUAUCAGUGGCGGGAGGAUUCAUGUAGUCCACCUACCUGAUGAUGACCCAUCCUUCUGUUUCCAUGACAUCUCAGUGGAAAAUACAGUGAAACAGGCUCUUAAGAAAGAGGAAGUCCACAUCCAUCACAACUGCCUCUUGGCUCAACUCAAUGACGGACAGCACCCAGAUCCAAUAACAUCAGUGUCCUUCACCACUGAUGGCCCACCUCUACGACUGGAGUGUGGAGUCUUCUUCAACUUCUCUCAUAAAACCGUUGACUACAAUGCCUUUAAGGCUAUCAAUGAUGCCUGUUUGGUGUUCGAUGGCCGUCUGGUCAUAGAUAGCACCUUCCAUACCAACGACCCUUCUAUAUAUGCUGCUGGCCCCUUGACCAAAUACUCCCGCCGUUACCAUGCUGACAAAUGGACCGGUUCCAGCUUUAAUUCUAAGGAGGUGGGGCAGAGUUUGGCAUCUGUUCUUCUGCCCUUAUUCGACCCGACUCUGGAGCCCACCAUCAGCCCCCCAUCUGACCUGGAGAACCUCAUUCCACUCUACAGUCAGGCCAAGAUCCAAGGUGGAAGGUUACCAGGCGGCUACAAUUACCUCAGUCUUGCCAAACCGGCUGCCAACGAGCACAGAACUGCAUCAGCUCGGCAAGGUCGUGAUAUUGUGACCGGCCGCACUGAAACCGGGAACUACUUUCACCUGUAUCUCAACCAGCACGAUGUAGUGGAGAGCAUCACGUGUCUUUCUAAGAAUGCACUUCCUGUCUCAAACCUCCUGUGCCUCUACGGCAAACACCAGCUGCUGCUGAAUCAUCUGUGCUCACGCUACGACGAGGGUUUGAUCCAUGACAUGUACAGUUUUUUCCAAGAGAGUUGGUGUUUGGCUCUUUAUCACGACCGCUUUUCUGACUUUGAGCAGGAAGUUCGCCAAAUCAUGGAUUCAGCAAAACUAGAGGGUGAGUGUGGUUUGAUGUCAAUUCAAGAGGUUCUUCAGAAGAUUGUGGAUGAUAAACCGGAGACAGACCAGCCGAUGAAUCUCAGCGAGAUGUUUCAGAAGAGUGAGGCGUAUUUUGCUCUGAAGAAAAGUGUUCUGGAUUAUCUGAAGUACAACAGAUAUCACCUGACUAUGUAUGCGCAGCCAGGACUGCUGUAAUCAUUGUUAAAGGGAUAGUUCACGCAAAAAUGCAAAUUCUGUCAUCGUUUCCUCACCCUCAUGUAGUUUCAAACCCGUAUGACUUUAUUUCUUUUGUGAAACACAAAAGGAGCUGAGGCUAACAUUCAGAAAAAGGUUUGGAACAACAUGAGGGUGAGUAAAUGACCACAGAAUUUUCAUUUGUGGGUCAACUAUGCCCUAAAUAUUAAGGAGUAUAAAACUCAGUACUUUGUAAUUUCUUUGUAUUUGCUGCACCAUAUAUUUUGGGGGUCAAACACAUAUUGUGUUGGGGGUGGGGUGGCAAAGAACUUGAGCAAAUAAAUAAAAGCUUCAUGCUUUUGUCACAUGCAAACCUUUUUGGUGUUAUGAGUGACAAUCCUUUAAAAAGCGUAUGUCGCUUUUGAAUAACCCAUGCAUGUGACAUACUUUGUGACAUGUUAUGUACAGAUCUGAUGUUGGAUGCAGCAUGACUUCUAAGCGUGGUGGGGCAGAUAAGGACAGAAUGAGGGUAACUCUGAAGGGUUGUAAAGACAGACCAUAGGAGCAGCUGUAUGAUAAUGAAUGUUGGGCAGAAAAUCA